AUGAGCGCCCAAAGAGCCACUGCGGAGCUGGCUAAUGGGGUUGCGGGUAAUGAUGAUCCAGCUCCCUCAUCGUCGGCGGCUGUUGUGGAAGCCGUCGUACCGGAUGUUCAGAUGACCUCCCAGGCGCCGUUGGUGCAGCAGCCAGAUGUGGGACCUGGUGUGGUGGCGCAUGUUGGUGUGCAGAAUAUAGAGUCUGUGCAGCCGUUCCAGAGUUCUGAGACUGCAGCUGGUGUGGGACAGGCGAAGCCCAAGGCAGCUUCGACGAUCGCAGAGCCAGGCGGAAGAUCAGAUCUGGAGCAAAGAGCUGUGGACAAUAGGCUUGGAAGUUCCGAGAUGGAUGAUGAGACUGGGGAAUUUCCUCAACAAUGGUGGCCCAGCGUUUCGUCUGAGGUCGCCGAGUCGGGCGAGGCCAAUAUCUGCAGCGCCGACGCCUCCGCCAUCGUCCUCCAGUAUUUCGGCAGAGGCAAUACAAGCAGAGGGAAGCGCAGGGAGCUGAGCGGCUCACUAACGCUGAAGCUCAAACCGCUGGUGGGUUACUGGGAAGCCUGGCGUUUACUCCCUCAGAUCCUGGACUACUCCUGGGUGCGAGAGUUAGGCUAUGCUGAGCUACAAGCGCAAGCUCUUACCAGAAGCUCUACGUCACCUACAUCGUCAGAGCUAGUGAAGCCAGGAACAUCUGCACUAGCGUCACUUCCUACGCUGACGGGUGGCUGUGAUGCUGCCUUGGAGUUUCAGGACUGGCUGGAAGUGGCAGCCUCAGUGCUGUCAGAUGUGAGUGAGUUGAGUGGAUGGUGGUGGAAGUCAGUGAUGGAGAUUGUCAUGAAGACGUAUGAGGCAUGGCUAAAAGCAACGCCGUUAGAGCGCUUGGGCAUCAGCCCCGAUGGAGCGGAGGACCUGAUGAAUGGAAAGUGGACCACGCUGCGUCUGGAUGGACAGCCAACCUUGGAAAAUGUGCGAGGAUACCAGCGGAGUGAGCGCUCCAAGUGGAGGCAAUACCCCGAAGAGUGGAAAGGGAAGUCGGGAACCUACGUCUACGCAGAGUACCAUGGCAUCCUUGGGGACAACCUCUACUACAAGCUCUACACCAGGCCGGGCUGCAUCGAUGGUGCCCUGAAGCCCGGCGUGGAGGACCACAUUCCGGGCGAUGACAACGUGGAAGAUGAAACAUUGGUCAGCAAUCGGGGUAGGUGCUACUUUUGCCAGUGGGGGAAGACAUAG